AUGGAGGCAGCGGCUUCUUUUGCACUGACGCCACAGCCGCUCCUGUCGUCUGCGUACUCUGGGGGUCUGUCAACUGGUUCUCCCCCCGCCCGUUCGUCCUUCCCUGUUGACCAAGCAAAAGACAAAAACCGGUCGCAGUUAGGUGCUUCCGACUGCGUGGACGGCAGCGCGCUAGAGUUUCCGUCUCUGCAAGUUGCAACAGAAUCUACAUGCUCGCCAACUGUGUCCGUCCCGGACUCGACUGUUGCGAGCGAAUGCCCGCCUACGCCGUGCGGGGACUUGGGGGAAGGAACAACUGUGAGCUCGCAAGAACCGGUUGUCGCAUCCGACAAUAAUGUUGACGACUCGACACCACGCACCACUGAAGCCCACGGCCAGAGGUGUAGACACGCCGUACCGCAUCUCGGCGUGGCAGCAGGCGCAACUGCGAGUCAGCCGUCUUGUCAUUCCGAGCAGCGGCGCGUCGAUGUAGCCAUCAUCGGCGCUGGCCUUGCUGGUUUAACAACCGCGCUUGCAGUGCACAGAAAAACAGGAAGGGUGGUCCACGUCUAUGAAAAAGAAGAAGCUGACCACUGGGCUUCUGCGUCCUCGGGUGCGUUACGGACUUCCCCUGGCUCCCGCAGAGAAGGUGGAACACCGCAGGAAGAUUACGAAGCCCGAGAAAUCCUGUUGCGAACAAAUGGAUUGGAUGCCUUGAGGUGCAUAGAUGAGCAGCUUGCCUGUGAUGUAUUGGAAUGUGGGCAUAUUGUGUAUUCCGACUGCCUCGAUGUCUUUGAUUUCGAUGUGAAGGCCACUGCGUCCAGCUUGGUAUUUGGAAUUUACUGGUCAGAUCUCCAGCAGAUCCUCUACAGGCACUGCCAACAAUACCCAGACGGGAUUUUUUUCAGCUUCAAAAAGCAUCUCAAGUGUGCCAUGCCAAGCGUCGCGCCUCCGUCUUCUUCUCCAGAGGCGGAUUCCACAAUGGCCAUUUCACUGUCUGCUUCCUCACUCUCGCCUCCCUCCACUGUCUCGACUGCAUCCUCGACGGGUACACCGACUGCAUCACCCGGUUUCGUGAAUUUCACUGGAGGUGGCAGCGAAAGUGGAGAUGGUGACGCAAAAGAAUGCUCAAGCAAGGGAGGACCAGGGACCACCCACGAUCCAUCGCACCUUUCCCCUACCGAAAACUAUAAUAGCAGUAAUACAGACAAACAAGACGCAAGGGAAGGUUCCCAAGUGAAGCACGAAUCCUUACAUGAGAAGCAAGCUGGAGUGACCCUCUCUUUCUAUAAUGGCGUCGAUGUCGAGGCGAAACUUGUGAUUGGUGCCGAUGGCCCAUGUUCCUCCUCACGAGUCGAUUCUGAUGAACUCUUGCCUCACUAUAGGCAAGACAGCACCGAUCUAUCUGUUGUGGAAAUUCCUCUGCAGCAACCCAGGUAA